CUCUCUGCUCCGUAUCUGAAUGUGUUCAGCGUCAGUAUCACUUUAUAAACGAGAAGAAGAAGACCUGGACUGAAGCUCAGAGAUACUGCAGAGAGAAAUACACAGAUCUGGCCACCGCUGACGACAUGAACGACAUGAAGGAGCUGAACAAGAGUGUGACUGAUAGAAGUGUUCAAUUUGUCUGGAUUGGGCUGCAGAAGACGAGUCGAGAUGAAUGGCAGUGGUCUUCAGGUGAACCUGCGCUCUAUCUGAACUGGGCUACUGGACAACCAGAAGGCAGAGAUGAUUGUGCUGGGAUGAGAAAUGGACAAUGGAAUGAUUUGAGAUGUACUGAUAACCGAUAUUUCAUCUGCUACAACACGAACACAGGACUGGUCCUUGUCAAUCAGCUGAAGAGUUGGAGAGAUGCUCAGAGUUACUGCAGACAGAAUCACACUGAUCUGGUCAGUAUGAGGAACCAGAAUGAGAAUCAACAGGUUCAGAAGAUCAUCAGUGAUAAUAACUCAACUAGAUCAUGGAUCUGGAUCGGUCUGUUCAGAGACUCAUGGCAGUGGUCAGAUCAGAGUAACUCCUCAUUCAGAUACUGGAAAACUGCUGAACCUAAUAAUCAGGGAGGUGAUGACAACUGUACAGUGAUUGAUCCGAAUGCUCAGGGACAAUGGAAUGACAUCCGUUGCAUCAACCAGUAUCCUUUUGUGUGUCAUGAAGAUAAACUGAUUCUGAUCAAGGAGAAUCUGACGUGGUCUGAAGCUCUGAGAUACUGCAGACAGAAUCAUGUGGAUCUGGUCUCGGUUCAUUCAGAAGAGAUUCAGCGUCGUGUGAUGAACGUGGUUAAACAAGCGUCUACUGCAGCGGUGUGGUUGGGUUUACACAACUACUGCAUCAUGAACAUGUGGCUCUGGCUGACUGGAGAGGUCGUGUGCUAUCAGAACUGGGCUCCAGGGAACGGAACGACACCCGAAAACUGCAAACUGGAGAACAGAAAAGGAGCAGUUCAGUCUGGAGGAGAUCAGCGCUGGAUCAGCCUUCCUGAAUCUCACAAACUCAACUUCAUCUGCAGCAGAUAUUAAGAGCUAAUGUGUUUACUUACAUUAACA